AUGCAGUUUGCUCGUCUUGCCCUCUUUGUCCUUGCUGGCGUGGCUGGUCAAGUUGCCAGUAAGCGUAUUGAGCGCCCGGAUGAUCCGUCCGUGGGGCUGCAGACGAACGACGAAAUGGUGGCUACCUACUGCAACCACCAGGGCAACAUCCCUGCUGGUCUGUAUGCCUGUUUCCGUCUGAACGGCGACAUUCGCAAGCGUAUGCAGUCUGCCGACGACACGGUUAAAGGCUUCGUCAACGCCGCUGGAAACAGUAAGCCCCCACCUCGUCUUUUCUUUGAAGAGGUAGAUGUGAAUACUGAUGUUGCUUUUGACGGGGGGGAAAAAGUGUUUGUGGUGGUUUACAGUCCCGAUACCAAGGCCGAGGAGUUCCACACGGACAAGAUGGGCGUGUUUAUCAAGAAGGCCGAUACCUCACCUUGCCUGGUGGUGAAUACUCAGCAAGGCGGAGACAACGGUUCGGUCGACCAUAACGCCUGCAACGCCGAUCCCGCUGUCUGGCUCGCCGAUUGA